AUGCAGCCGUCAAACAUAAGCGUCAAGCUCGAUGACAACAACACCUGGACCUCCACGGCGGCGGCGGCGGCGGCUGCCGUCGCGCCAUCUCCCCCGCCUCGCGUGACCCGCGAUGAGGAAGAAGUCUCCGUCAUGGUAGAGGCCCUCAAGAACGUCAUCGCCGGCGCAGCCUCCCGGGGAGCUCCGGCGGAUUCUGGCGGCGGAGUUCUCUCCGUUUCCGGCGAUAUGGAAACCUGCCGGAUUUGCCGGAUAAGUGGGUGCCUGGGCUGCAAUUUCUUCGUCGGCGAGGGGGAGAGUGGCGGUGGCGGUGAACCACCGGGCGCAGCGGCGCCGGAGAAGGGGAGGAAGAGGAAGAAGAAGAACUACAGGGGGGUGAGGCAGCGGCCGUGGGGGAAGUGGGCGGCGGAGAUAAGGGACCCGCGGAAGGCGGCCCGCGUGUGGCUGGGGACCUUCGAGAACGCCGUGGACGCGGCCCGGGCCUACGAUCGGGCCGCGAUCGAGUUCCGCGGGCCGAGGGCGAAGAUCAAUUUCCCGUUCUCCGACUACAUGGAGGCCGUCCCGGAGGCGGCGGCGGAGGGGUCAGCCUCCGGCCGGCCGCGGGAAGAUUCUGCCAAAGUGCAGAAGAAGAAGAUUAGGCGGGAAAAUGGAGUUAUGAUCGGAAAAGAGGAGAUCGAUGAGUGGAUGGGGUUGAUGAAUUUCAACAGUGGGGACUCGUCGGAUUCUGCUAACGGCGGCGGGAAUCUUUAUAGUGUUUAA